UACAGAGUGGAUUCUGUCCCACUCAGAAGUUUCUUUUAAGAUGGACUAUAAUUCUAGGGAAACAGAAAAUUGUAAAUGAGUUGGUAGGACUAGCUGCUAAAGAGAGUAUGAUGGUUAGUUCAAGUUCUAACUUCAAGGUUGAGUCUAAUGAACCUGCAGAUAUGGAGAAGACAUGUGCCAGGCAGUUAUACACGGGUGACAAACAUACUGGAGUUGGAAAUAAUAGAAAACCCUUUGAGAAUAGCAAUGCUGGUGAUAACAAAAUCAAUUUCGGCAGUGGUCUUCCCAAUUUCAUGAUGAGAAAACCUUUUUCAGAGGUUGUUGCUGGAUCAGCAAUCGUGGAUUCAGCAUUCCCACCUCUUCAGCAGCGGAAGCAACCCUCAACUUCUCUGGAAAAAGGUCUCAAGCAGAAUAGGACGAGAGAUCAGAUUAUGGAACAGGUUCAUGAAACUCUACAUCGAGGAUCCCAAAAUCCACAGGGCAUUUCAUCUGGUCUGGAAACAUUUAAUGAGACAAUUAACACUAAUAGCUCUGCAGACAAUGACCCUUUUUUACAGAUAGGUUGUAAUGUAGUUCCUGUUAACAUGAAUGGUGGUGAAAAAGUUAGAUCAAACCCUGUUUUGGAGCAUGUGUCAGCUUAUGUUGGUUUUGAGCAUGAGUGCCCUUAUGGCCACCGCUUCUUGCUAAACCCAGAGCAUCUUAAUCAACUUGGACCCUCGUACUUGAUGCUUGAAGAAUCUCAUAUUCCUACUUCUGCAGAAGAUUCUUUUUGUACUGUUGAUUCCUCAAAAGUGGAUAAGAAUGCUGGUCAUGGUAGAAUCCACCGAAAGUCAAACAAAAUGAUUUCUGCCAUGAAUAAGGUGAAAAAUAUAGAUAAGACAAAACACGUUGUGGUUCCAAAAGGUAAUUUAUGUGUAGAUGGGCCCAUACAGCUCCCAUGCCGUGGAGAGGAACAGAAUCAUACAUCUUUUAGUGUUGCAGCUCUUCCCCACAAUGUAAAAGAUCUUGAAACAAAACUUCAAUUUAUUAACCUUGAUGAUAAUGGUCAUGCUUUCUCCAUGUUAAAUAGAAAUUUACCAAUAUAUAUGAAUUGCCCACAUUGCAAGUGUGCCAAGAAGGAUCCUCGAAUGCUUAAAUUUGCCGGCACAAUCUCACAGCUUCAAAGAAUUUUUCUGGUCACACCUCCAUUUCCUGUAGUGUUGGGAACAUGCCCUGUUAUACAAUUUGAGAGGUCGUGCCUCCCUUUACCCACUCCAGAUUGGGAGGAGAAAUUGCAGUUCAGCCUUGGAUAUCGAGUGAUCUUACCUCCAGAGAGUUUCCUUACACUUAGACUACCGUUUGUGUAUGGUGUACAACAGGAGGACAGAAGUCUGCUUCCCCUUAGGCCCUUUGAACAAUGUCCAGAAAAAACUGCCUGGCUUCUUACAGGCACAACAUUGCAGGUCAUAUCCAAGGGAGGCAGUCCUGGUGAAGCAUAUCAGAUGUAAUCAAAAGGUUUGAGCCUUAAGUUGGCCACUUCAGUAAUAAACAUCUCUCAAGGGUUUUCAGCGGCAGAGUUAUGUGACUAUAUUCGUUUAGCCCAGCUGAUGUUUAAUGAGUUAUGCACAAUGGUUUUCAUGAAUUGAUUGGUUAACUGCAUUUAGCGAUUGGUGCUCUGCAACUGGAAGGCAACAAAUGAAUUUCAGUGUCUGGCCCCCACGAGGUGGCUGGUGGUCUUUGGGAAGCUUUCUUAUGCUGGUAUACUAUUUAAUUAUUUUUAUAUUCACAAUUUUGCGUCAUUAAACUAUCUUAUUACAGUGUCUUAUGCACAGACAGAUACACAUAUAUGCAUAUGUAAGUAGGUAAAUGUUGGCAUUUAUACACUAUAUGUUGCAGUUUUCACUGUAAGGCAUUGUCUAAAUAUGUUGUUUGACACCAGUUUUGAGGCUGGGUUCAAUGUGCUUAAAGUGUGCUGUCAAAGUUGUCCCGCACUAAUGUAAUGGAGAUGGCAGUGCAACUUAUGAAAUCUGAUGCACAGAGCUUAAUUAUUGCUUCUUUUGGGCUUUGGCAUCACAACCUAGUCAUUGAGCAAUUAUGUUCAUUCUGGAAAGCUACAUGCCUCCUGGAUUUGGUACAAAUUACAUGCGUUGGGGAUGAAACGCCCCUUGUGGGUUCAAACUUGGAGACCCUUGGAAAUUAGUAGAGUGUCACCUAAAGUUUCCAAAUGAACAGUAUGAUCAUGCAUAGAUCCAGCCAACGGAACUACCGUUCCAUGAGGAUUAAGAAUUCUGGUAAGAGUUCUUCUUAGACGGCUUGUUGAGAAGCAGAGAAUGUGGGAUGGAGUUGGCAAGUUUUCAUAUUGUAAUUUUGGGAUAUUUUAUUUUCCAAACAAGGAUUUUGAUAAUAAACUUGAUUGGUUAGGGCAUUUACUUGUUUUAAAAAAAUAUAAAUUAGUUGCGUUAGGGUAAGAACUUAUUUAUUAUCGACAAA